AUGUCUUACCUGCUACUCCAGCUUGGAGCAGAAAUCAAGACUGUUCAGCAGGACAGAACAGCCAAUGUGAGAAAGGUGACAAGGCAAGUGCAAGUAAAAACAGAAAAAGAGAGGAAAGUAGCCAAGGCCAAAACACCAACCAUUUACACAACCAACAAGGUGAACCAAGCACAUAGCUAUGCAGAGAAGAUGAGUAGCUCAAUACAAGUACCAAAACCAAGCAAGCAUCUCAAGGAUCUUGAAGAUAUGAUAAAACUUCCCAAAUUUGGCAAGGGAAUCCUAUCUGACAACACCAACCUUAUUCAAGAAAUCAAGGAUGCUGAAGACAACCAAAAGAAUGAGCAGGACAAUUGUCUAGUCAAUGAGGACAAGGAAGACAACCAAGACAGCAUUGUUGCACCCAAAUUUCAAGAUGUUGACAAUCUCAAGGUUUUAGAUGUCAACCUUGUUGAGACAAAGAAAGAAUGGAUGAGCUGGAUCCUUGAACCAUUAAUUGUCAAUGGUUUUUAUGAGCAGCUAGCCAAGGAGCACAAUGGCAAAUUCCCAUGUCUCCUAUGCAAAUCUUUACCCAAGGAGCUCAAGCCUAGGACACCUGUUGGAAAUCAUCCAUGUCAGGAGAUUUUUCCAAGUAGGGUUGGACUCAAGCAACACCAGGAUCUUUUACACACACCUUGGUUUGACUUGAUUCAGUACAUGAUCACAGAGGAUCCCAAAGUCUUCAGGUGUCCUGCUCAGGACUGUCUUUUUUGUGACAAUACCCCCACUAGUGUGCUUGCCCACUGCCUAAAGGGGUGCAAAGAAAAAGCAUUGUUCAAGAGCAUUUGCUGUGCCCAUGAGAAAUUGUUGGAGAAGCAAUGCCAAGAUAGACCUACAAGAGAGAAGCUUCAGCAAGAAAAGCUGAUGUGUGAGCUGAUGGGGCCUGGAAUUCAGCUUGCACAGAAUGUCUUUGAAGGCACAAAGAAGAUUUUGGGGACCUCACCAGAACAGGUGCUCCAACUUGCCCAGGAUUGCAGAAUCCCCAAGUCAAGUGUUACUCCUCACCUGAAUGCCAUUGCAGCCCUGAACAAGUGUGCAUGCACUGCUAUUGACAAAGAAGGGAUUAUUUGGGAUCCUUAUGCAAACAGGCCAAUGGAAAUGGUUUCCAGAGAGCUUUUGACUUUUGAGCAUGACACAAAUAUCAAUGCAAGAUUGGCAAAAAAGAGGAAGCAGCAGAUGUAG